GCCCGCGAGCCGGUACCCGUGCGCACGGAGGAGGAGAAGCAGGCUGCUGCAAAGGCCGAGUACGAGAAGCUGUUGACGAUGCGAUCCGGCGGAACCUACAUCCCCCCAGCGAGACUGCGCGCGCUGCAGGCCCAGAUCACGGACAAGACGAGCAAGGAGUACCAGCGCAUGGCCUGGGAGGCGCUCAAGAAGAGCAUCAAUGGUUUGAUCAACAAGGUCAACACGGCAAACAUCAAGCACAUCGUCCCUGAGCUGUUUGGCGAGAACCUGGUCCGCGGCCGAGGUCUGUUUUGCCGAUCCAUCAUGAAGGCCCAGGCAGCCAGUUUGCCGUUUACGCCCAUCUAUGCCGCCAUGGCUGCCAUUGUCAACACGAAGCUGCCCCAGGUUGGUGAGCUGCUGAUCCGCCGACUGGUCAUGCAGUUCCGCAAGGGCUUCAAGCGCAACGACAAGGCCGUCUGCCUCUCCUCGACCACCUUCCUCGCCCACCUCAUCAACCAGCAGGUUCAACACGAGAUGCUUGCUGGUCAAAUCUUGCUUUUGCUUCUUCACAAACCUACCGACGACAGUGUGGAGAUUGCGGUUGGGUUCUGCCGUGAAGUUGGACAGUACCUGGAGGAUAUGCAGCCGUCUAUUUCCAUGGCCGUUUUCGACCAGUUCAGGAACAUUUUGCACGAGGCCGAUAUCGACAAGCGAACGCAGUACAUGAUCGAGGUUCUGUUUCAGGUGCGCAAGGACAAGUUCAAGGAUAACCCUGCCGUCAAGGAGGAGCUGGAUUUAGUUGAAGAGGAGGAUCAGAUUACUCACCGAGUCGAACUGGAGGGCGAGAUUGACGUGCAGGACGGGCUCAACAUUUUCAAGUUUGACUCAGAAUGGGAGGAACACGAAGAGGCGUACAAGAAGCUCAAGGCCGAGAUCUUGGGCGAAGGAAGCGACGACGAGGAUGAUGACGAUGACGAGUACGACAGUUCGUCUGAGGAAGAGGAGGAUGAAAAGACUAAGGCUAUGGAGAUCAAGGACCAGUCUAAUGCCGACCUGGUCAACCUGCGCAGGACAAUUUACCUCACCAUCAUGUCCAGCGCCGACCCCGAGGAAGCUGUUCACAAGCUCAUGAAGAUCAACCUUCCAGCAGGACAGGAGCCCGAGCUACCCUCGAUGAUCGUCGAGUGCUGCUCACAAGAAAAGACGUACACCAAGUUCUUUGGAAUGAUUGGCGAGCGCUUCGCCAAGAUCAACCGACUUUGGUGCGACUUGUUUGAGCAGGCUUUUGCCAAGUACUACGAGACUAUCCACCGUUACGAGAACAACAAGCUCCGUAACAUCGCCAUGCUUUUCGGUCACAUGUUUGCGUCAGACGCCCUUGGCUGGCACUGCCUGUCCGUCAUCCACCUCAACGAGGACGAAACGACAUCGAGCAGCCGUAUCUUUAUCAAGAUUCUGUUUCAGUUCAUCGCAGAGGAGACGGGUAUGCCCAAGCUCAAGGCACGUAUGACGGACGAGACCUUGAGGCCCAACUUGGAAGGUCUCUUCCCCCAGGAAAACCCCCGCAACAUCAGAUUCUCCAUCAACUACUUUACGAGUAUUGGAAUGGGUGCUCUCACCGAAGAGAUGCGAACACACCUUCAGAACAUGCCCAAGCCAGCUCUACCCGCUCCUCCUGCCGCCGACUCAGACUCGGACUCGGUUUCAAGUUACUCAUCCUAUACUGGUUCGUCCUACUCGAGAUCUCGAUCACGAUCGCGGACACCUCGUCGGGUCGCUGGCCGGGGCCGUUCUACUUCUCGGACUCCUGAGCGGAGGGCCCGCGGACGCUCAUACAGCUCGUCGCGGUCAAGAUCCUACACAAGGUCUGUGUCUGCAAGAGGACGUGGACGUAGCCAGUCUUACUCUGCGAGCCCCCCUCGUCGAGGUCGGCGGUAUACUAGUGAGAGCCGCUCACGAUCUCCGGCGCCCCGUGGUGGACGUGGUCGAGCACGCAGCGAUUCAUACUCGUCUCGUAGCCGGUCACGCUCUCCUCCUCCACGCCAAGCUCGUGGCCGAAGAGAUUCUUACGCCUCGGAAGGUCGGUCACCCUCGCCGCCACCCCGUGACAGGCGAAACAAGCCGAGGCAAUAUAGUCGAUCGCCCUCGUACGAUUCCCGCUCUCCGCCGCCUAGGAGGGCCAAGCAAGAGAACAGGUCGCCGCCACCGGUGCGAAACGGGGGCCGAGACUCACAAUUGCGGUCGCCCAGCCCACCACGCCGUGGAGGCAACCGACCCGCCAGUCCUGUGCCCGCAAAGAGGAGACGAUAUAGCGAUAGUGUAUCUAGGUCGCCACCGCCUGUGAAGCGAGGACGGCGGGGAAGUUGA